AAGCAGUACCGCCCAUGAGCUGUAAAAUUAAAGCAGAAUAUUUCAAGUAGAUCCCGCCACAGACUGUUAUUAAGUCACUAACGCGGAAUGAACAGCAACGACACUUGUAGACGACUGGUCGUUUGACGGUGGAAAAUAAAGCUGCACAUAUACGGAUCGUUCGAGCGCGAAAAAAAGAAAGGAAAAAAGUCACAAACAUCAACCAAAGGUUUGACCUUCUUGAUGGGACAAACAGCAUUUUCUGAAGUUUGAAAGCCUCCUUGCACUGAUACUUUGAAGGUCCUUGAGGAAGCAGCUUUUGCUCCAUUGAUCAACUGUCUGGCACUCAGUGUUCUGAAAGACAAUAGCUGCAGUGCCAGGAGAGCACAGGGAGUUAUCACACCAGCUUCCCUUCAGGAAAUAGCAGCUGUGCAGGCCCGCUGGCUGUGACGGAAGUAAAACACCACAAUGUGUUCUGAUUUGUCUUCUGGGGGCAUCAGAAGGCUCCAUAAAAUGACCCAAUCUGUGCACAUAACCUCCAAACUGCCAAACCUGAGUGCAGCUUUUCAUUGCUCUACCGAGGAAGAAACAGAUCAAGGUAGCUCCUAUUCCGUACAGACACCCUAUGGAUUCCACCUGGACCUUGAUUUUCUCAAGUAUGUUGAAGAAAUAGAGAGUGGGCACAGCAUUCGUAGGCCUAAUGUUAACACUCGGAGAGGAUCAAGGGGCGACCGAGCCUACCAGAGAAAUCUGGGGAUUGGGGGUAGGACCAGUGGCUGGACCUCCACUGAGUCACUUUCCUCAACAACCAGUGAGAAUGGUCAAGCUAACCCACCUCUUCUCCAGAGCCCCAUCACAUCAUCCAGCAAAUCGCAACCCCUUUCUCCAUCACCAGUGAUCAGUCCCAGUGUACCUGCUUCCUCGAAAGUUCCACCACCACCCCCACCACGUAACCCUAGGGUAGAGCGAACGCUCCUUGAAACAAGCCUUCGACUGCAACAUGAACAAAGUCAAUUUUCCAAUGGAUUAAGCUCCAAUUUCCCUGACCUUUCCAAAGUGAGUUCCAAAGCUGGUGGAUCUAGUAGUGACUUCUCUAUAGCUUCUUCCCAGCUUUCAGAUGCCCGCUUGCUACAGAUAUCACCUGCUGUGCAGAACUUCCUUUCUAGCGGCUGGACCAGAGCCAGUCCUCAGACUUCUGGAAGGAGCACUCCAGCCUCCAGCUCCGGAACAUCUUCAUUGCCUCCUGGGCAGCUUCAGACUGUCCGUGAACAGAUGGCCACUGCCCUUAGACAACUAAGAGAGAUGGAAGAGAGAGUGAAAGGAGUACCAGCCUUAGAAAGAGAAGUGGCUGUGCUUCGUGCUGAAAAGGAAAGUUUGACUGUGGAACUUCAAAAGAAAACAGAAGAACUUGAUAAUACACUCAAACUGAAAGUCUCCACUGCAGCUGUAGUGGAAGCAGUUGCAGUAGAGGAAGUAAAGAAGCCUCCUACCAUUACUAUAGACAAAAGAUCCAUUGCAGUAGGUGGUGACAUCCCCCUUGAGACAGUGGAAGUCUGCAAUCAUCAGGCAGUCAAGGAUGCUGCUGUUGAAGCUUCUGUUCAGGUUUGUCAUGCAGCUAUUGAGACCGAAGCUAGUGCCAUGCUUGAUGAGGGAAUUCAGGCUGUAGUGGAUACAGAAGAUGUGUCUGUCUGGGUUAUAGAAUCAUUUUUAGGGCUUCAAAGUGAGACAGAACGAGAAAUUGAUACCCUGCAACAUACCAUCACAUAUCAACAGGAAUCAAUUCAGGUUCUUGAGACCCGACUAAAUCAGGUCAACCAAGACUUGGAUGCAUUAAGGGCGAAAGAAAUAGAGAGAACAUCCAAGAUUAUGUUGGACAAAGAGUCACUUGCCAAACCAGAGACAGCCAAUGCUCAAUUGGAAACAUGUCCUGAUGUUUGUUCAAAAAAGUCAGUUGGAGUGGGGAUUCCAGAUGUGACUGAUCUGGAGUGCUUUUCAAUGACAAAAAAUGACCAAAGCAUUCAAACAGACCCUGUAGAAACUUCAAAGGAGAAAACUGUGACACUGGUAAGCACUGGUAUCCAGUGGGAAUCCAGUAUCUACGCUAGUAACACUCAAGACAGUGAAGAACAGCCCCCUUCUCCAGAGGCUGCAGGCCCUCUGAAGUCUAUCAUGAAGAGGAAGGAUGGGAGUGGUUCUGGUGCAGCUUCCAGCAGUGGCAAAAAGAGCUUGAAGUUUGUUGGAAUUUUAAAUGGAGGGUAUGAGUCGACCUCUAGUGAGGAGGAUGAGGAAGAGGAUGAAGAGAGUUCCUCAGAUGGAAGUGAGGAUGGUGUGUGUUCAGACAGCAGUGUGGAAGAGGAGGCAGCUCUGGAGGACACAUCUGAUGAGGAGAUUAACAUAAAUGUGGAUGAAACAGACAGUGAUGAGAACACAGCAGCUGGAACUGAAGAUCUGAAGGAUCAGGCAGGGGAAGUGAAGGAAAAGUUUGAACUAAGUGCCAAAAUGCGUGAGGCGUGUUUGAUUUUGAAGAACCACCUGAAUGAUGCAACCAAAACAGCGAAGAGUAAAGAAGUGCUGUCCAGCACUCAUACUGUUCAGCUGGAAUGGUUCCGAGUAUCCAGUGCAAAGAUGGCCCAGCCACCACGCGUGUCAAAUUACCUGAUGGCUUUCUCAGAGGUGUCCCCAACCCUGCUGCAACACAUAGUCAACAUGACUGAUGGCAACGGCAACACUUCUCUGCACUACAGCGUCUCCCAUUCCAACUUCGCUGUAGUGGACCUACUGCUGGACACAGGCAUGUGUAAUGUGGAUCAGCAGAAUAAAGCAGGUUAUACAGCUGUGAUGCUGGCAGCUCUGUCCGCAGUGAAGGAGGAAGACGACAUGGCUGUGGUCCAGAAACUCUUCCGUCUGGGCAACGUUAAUGCCAAGGCCAGCCAAGCAGGGCAGACGGCUUUGAUGCUGGCAGUGAGUCACGGACGGCAGGAGAUGGUGCGAGCGCUACUGGACUGUGGUGCUAAUGUGAACAUUCAAGAUGACGAGGGCUCCACAGCUCUGAUGUGUGCCAGUGAACACGGCCGAGCUGAGAUCGUCUCUUUACUGCUGGAGCAGCCCGGGUGUGAUAUUACAGUCGUAGAUAAUGAUGGCAGUAAUGCCCUCUCCAUUGCCCUAGAGGCAUCCCACAAUGACAUCGCAGUCCUACUGUAUGCCCAUAUGAAUUUCUGCAAAACACAGGCAGAUGUAACACCUAUAGCAAACACCCAGGGCCCGUCCAGUCCUAGAAAAACAUGGCCCUCAGAGUGACAUGUGGACACAAAAUGGAAAUAAAAACAAGACUAACCAGAGUUACUGGAAGAUUAACAAUGUAUAUGUUACAAGUUUAUAUAUAUUUAUAUGUAUUCACUGAUUAUUCAGUCUUUAUUGAAAUAUUUAAUACAUUAUACUGCAGUAAGAAUACUAUGUAACCACAUUAAUGUAGGUAAGACACAUCAUAAUUAUCAUUAAUGUCCUACAGGUAUCAACAUGAAAUCAACUGUUUAAUAUCUGGAACUAAGGGAUCUGGAAUAACUCACGUGUAAUGCUAUCAUGAUUACAUUGUUCACAGACAUAACUGAACAUUUGUCUUGAUUAGUGAUUUAACCAAAAUGUUUGUCUGCAUACCAUGAUGCAUUAACAGCACUGUUAUUUCAGAUUCUGUGGUAAAGCACUGCCAUAACCUCCAAUAAUCAUUAAUACCACACACACACUGCAGCUUCCCAACAAGUGCAAACUAUGAGCGCUGUAAUGACAUGCUGUUUGUAAAAGGGUAAAAACAAACACCUACAUUGAUUCUACAUGGACUCCACUCUCGUUUCCUACCACAUGCUUUAUUUUACCUUCAGAUCUAAUAGAGGCUAAAAACUCAUGCGUAGUCGGUCAUGUGGGGAUCUGAUGGUGGUCUUUUAUCCAGCAUGGUCUCAUGAAAAUUACGUGACCAUGGCAACAUUUUGGCAAAAUGAAACUGCAUGCUUUAUUACACAUUUCGUUACAGUUUCCCAGUGAAAUGCCCUGCGGGGGUCGUUAAAAGUGAGUGAAAUGGUGUUGUAAUCACACAGGGUUAAACAAACUUUAGAUGUAGGUUUUAAUGAAUAAAAUUUACCUCCCCAACCUAAAACUUUAACCUAAACCUAACCAAUAGCGUCCAAAAAGCAAAUGAGAGGUAAACAAAACAGAUAUCCUAAACCUAGACUUCACAGUUAGUGUCCUAAAUGCAAAUGCGUCAUAAAAAGCACAUUUUCUGAAGCAACUAUGUCAUUUCAUGUCGCUUCUAUGAGACUUAUGUCUCAUGUGUCAGCUUGCGUGCUUGGCUCGAGCCUCAGUCUUCUGAGUCCAAGGCUGGACAAUGUCAGGCUCUGUCAGCUGAGCUAAUGUGCAAACUAAUCUCAUUGGAUUAAGUGUGUAAAUGUAGGUGGAUCUGUAAUACAAGCAUUAAAAUGUAUCGUUUUUCAAAUGAUUCGUUAGAGUUUUCGAAGAGUUUCGAUAUCACCACAGCAGCGUGUGAGUAUUAGAGUGAAAAAUACGUGUUUACAAAGUUAUAAUCAGCCACUUUGCUCGUCAUUUGGGAGAAAGUGAAAAAAAAAAAAAAAAAAAACAGUAGUUGUAGCACCUCUCGUUUUCAUUUCACCUGGAAUCUGUGGCGAAACGUUGAUCGCGGCACGUAAGUCAGUUUGCAAAAAUGUUGUUACGUUAAAGUUAAUUCUAUGAUACUAGAUUGCUUUAAUCUGAGCAGUUUUAUACUCUCAUAAUCUGUUCUUAAUCUGAAGUAAAAAAUCAUUGUAUACAGUUGCCCCAAAGUAUUCUGACAGUUAAAAAUGUUUGAAUGUCAUUGUAUUAGGUAACAAAAUAUCAAAACAAGUGUCAUUUACUCUAAGGGAAGACAGCACACUUUUCAAGCAAAACAUUUCACAAAAAGUUUUGUUAAAUUUAAAAUGAUCACAAAGUACUUGGACAUGUUGUGGUUGUCAAAUGUUCGUGGAACUGACUUCAUUAAGAAUCACCAGUUGAUUAAAAGUCAUUGCAAAAAAUGGCUCAAAAGAUCAGUUAAUACUGAGAAAAGAUUUUUCAUUAUUUACAUCUUGCUUUACAUUAGAUAACAAAAUAUCACUGACAUUUUAUGUGUGACUUAAAGUUGAAGUCAGAAGUUUACAUACACCAUAGCCAAAUACAUUUAAACUCAGUUUUUCACAAGUCCUGACAUUUAAUCAUAGAAAACAUAACCUGUCUUAGGUCAAUUAGGAUCACUACUUUAUUUUAAGAAUGUGAAAUGUCAGAAUAAUAGUAGCGAGAAUUAUUUAUUUCAGCUUUUAUUUCUUUCAUCACAUUUCUAGUGGGCCAGAAGUUUACAUACACUUUGUUAGUAUUUGGCAGCAUUGCCUUUAAAUUGUUUAAUUUGGGUCAAACUUUUUGGAUAGCCUUCCACAAGCUUCUCACAAUAAGGUACUGGAAGUCUGGCCCAUUCCUCCAGACAGAACUGGUGUAACGGAGUCAGGUUUGUAGGCCUCCAUGCUCGCACACGCUUUUUCAGUUCUGCCCACAAAUUUCUAUCGGAUUGAGGUCAAUACCUUGACUUUGUUGUCCUUAAGCCAUUUUGCCACAAAUUUGGAGGUAUGCUUGGGGUCAUUGUCCAUUUGGAAGACCCAUUUGUGACCGAGCUUUAACUUCCUGGCUGAUGUCUUGAGAUGUUUCUUCAAUAUAUACACAUAAUUUUCCUUCCUCAUGAUGCCAUUUAUUUUGUGAAGUGCACCAGUCCCUCCUGCAGCAAAGCACCCCCACAACAUUAUGCUGCCACCCCCAUGUUUCAUGGUUGGGAUGGUGUUCUUUGGCUUGCAUGCCUCACACUUUUUCCUCCAAAUAUACCGAUGGUUAUUAUGACCAAACAGUUUGAUUAGGUUUGAACAGACCAAAGGACAUUUCUCCAAAAAGUAAGUAUUUUUGUUCCCAUUUGCACUUGCAAACUGUACUCUGCCUUUUUAUGGUGGUUUUUGGAGCAGUGGCUUCUUCCUUGCUGAGCACCCUUUCAGUCUAUGUCGAUAUAGGACUUGUUUUACUGUGGAUAUAGAUACUAGUCUACUUGUUUUCUCCAGCAUCUUCACAAGGUCCUUUGCUGUUGUUCUGGGAUUGAUUUGCACUUUUUGCACCAAACUACGUUCAUCUCUAAGAGACAGAAUGUGUCUCCUUCCUGAGCGGUAUGAUGGCUGCGUGGUCCCAUGGUGUUUAUACUUGCAUACUGUUGUUUAUACAGAUGAACGUGGUACCUUCAGGUGUUUGGAAAUUGCUCUCAAGGAUGAACCAGACUUGUGGUGGUCCACAAUUUUUUUCUGAGGUCUUGGCUGAUUUCUUUCGAUUUUCCCAUGAUGUCAAGCAAAGUGGCACUGAGUUUGAAGGAAGACCUUAAAAUACAUCCAAAGGUACACCUCCAAUUAGCCUAUCAGAAGCUAAUUGCCUAAAGGCUUGACAUCGUUUUCUGGAAUUUUCCAAGCUGCUUAUAGGCACAGUUAACUUAGUGUAUGUAAACUUCUGACUCACUGGAAUUGUGAUAUAGUCGAUUAAAAUUGAAACAAUCUGUCUGUAAACAAUUGUUGGAAAAAUUACUCGUGUCAUGCACAAAGUAGAUGUCCUAAACAACUUGCCAAAACUAUAGUUUGCUAAUAUGAAAUCUGUGGAGUGGUUAAAAAAUGAGUUUUAAUGAAUUCACCCUAAGUGUAUGUAAACUUCUGACUUCAACUGUAAGUGUCCAUGCACUUCUUUGGGUCACUGUACAAUCUUAACAGACAGACAUAGUGAGCUUAAAAUUAAGGAUACUGUCUGUUUCAUAAGAUGUGCUUCCCAUUUAUGAUUGUUUGCUGACCGUGUGUUAGCAAAUAGCAUACUGAUCAAAAUGUUCAUGGAAAUAACUGAACACUGGACUUGGCACAAAUGGUAAUGAGUUAUGGUUUGUCAGAAACCGGGUGUUGAGUUCAACACCUGUUAAAGUCUUAAACUAAAUCAGCGUUUACUGUUGAUUGCAAAUUCAGACAAGUUUUGGGAAAAAAAUGUCUAAAAUAGCAAGAUGCAGCAGCAGUGCUAGCAGGCUACAUAUAAUUUCAGCCAACUUUUAUUUGCUCAGUGAAACGUAUUUUAAUGUAUUCAACUGUUCUUUUUUUUUUUAACCAGCCCUAAAGGACAUUUUUGUACCAUUUCUGCUCUGUCAGUAUUUUUUAUUUUUGUAUUCAAAAUUGUGUAUUUUACACAAUAUAUGUGCUUUGAUGUAAUGACUAUAUUGUUCUACAAUUGUAUCAUGCUAUGCCGCUUGGCUAUUUAAGUUAACCUUUGUUAAAUGUGCAAUAAAAAGUUAUAUUGUAUGAUGUCAAGUAAAGGUCUGUAGGCCUAUUUAUUUUUUGAGAAAAAGAAAUUGAAGCAAUACUCUAAAAUUGCUCUUUUACAAAAAUGCACUACAAGCUACUAAGAAGGAAAAAAGGCCAACCACAUUUAAGUUAUUUAAAGAAGAAUUGUAACAAUUUAAUAUUAAAGUUUAUAUACAGUUGUGCUCACAAGUUUGCAUACCCUUGGAGAAUUGGUAAUAUGUGUACCAUUUUUAAAGAAAACAUGAGUGAGCAGGCAAAACACAUUUCUUUUAUUUAUUAUGGGAUUCAUAUUGAACUGUAGGUUACAACAGAAUGGCACAAUCAUAAAACAAAACAUGGCAACAAAGAAAAAAAUGAAAUGACCCCUGUUCAAAAGUCUGCAUGCCCCCUUUAGCAUCAAUGACAGCGUGCAGUCUUUCGUAAUAGUUAUUUAUGAGGCCCCAAAUUCUUGGAGGUGGUAUAGCUGACCAUUCAUCUUGGCAAAAUGCCUCCAGGUCAUGCAAAGUCUUUGAUCAUCUUGCAUGAACCGCAUGUUUGAGAUCUCCCCAGAGAGGCUCGAUGAUAUUAAGGUCAGGAGACUGUGAUGGCCCCUCCAGAACCUUCACCUUUUUCUGCUGUAACCACUGGAGGGUCAACUUGGCCUUGUGCUUAGGGUCAUUGUUGUGCUGGAAAUUCCAAGAGCGUCCCAUGCGCAGCUUUCAUGCAGAAAAAUGCAAAUUGUUUGCCAGUAUUUUCUGAUAACAUGCUGCAUUCAUCUUGCCAUCAAUUAUCACAAGAUUCCCCGUGCCGUUAGAGCUCACACACCCCCAAAACAUCAGUGAGCCACCACCAUGCUUCACAGUGUGGAUAGUAUUCUUUUCACUAUAGGCCUUGUUGACCCCUCUCCAAACAUAGCGCUUAUGGUUGUGACCAUAAAGUUCUAUUUUGGUCUCGUCACUCCAAAUUACAUUUUGCCAGAAGCUGUGAGGCGUGUUAAGGUAUUCUGCAUAUUCUGGCAACUCGACCAUACAGCUCAUUUUUGUUUAAGUAACGUCGUAUUGUGCUCCUUGAAACAACCACACCAUCUUUUUCCAUAGCAGCCUGUAUUUCUCCUGAGGUUACCUGUGGGUUAUUCUUUGUCUCCCAAACAAUUCUUCUGGCAGUUGUGGCUGAAAUCUUUCUUGGUCUACCUGACCUUGGCUUGGUAUCAAGAGAUCCCCGAAUUUUCCGCUUCUUAAUAAGUGAUUGAACAGUACUGACUGGCAUUUUCAAGGCUUUGGAUAUCUUUUUAUAUCCUUUUUCAUCUUUAUAAAGUUCUAUUACCUUGUUACGCAGGUCUUUUGACAGUUCUUUUCUGCUCCCCAUGGCUCAGUACCUAGCCUGUUCAGUGCAUCCACAUGAGAGCUAACAAACUCAUUGACUAUUUAUACACAGACACUAAUUGCAAUUUAAUAAGCCACAGGUGUGGGAAAUUAACCUUUAAUUGCCAUUUAAACCUGUGUCACCUUGUGUGUCUGUAACAAGGCCAAACAUUCAAAGGUAUGUAAACUUUUGAUCAGGGCCAUUUGGGUUAUUUCUGUUAUCAUUAUGAUUUAAAAAGGAGCCAAACAACUCUGUGAUAAUAAAUGGCUUCAUAUGAUCACUAUCCUUAAAUAAAAGACAGUUUUUUGCA